AUGUUUGUUAUUGAAGAGUGUCCUAGAUUAAUCACAUUUGAUAAUAUUCCUGGUGCUGGUCGUUUCCAACAAUCCUUGCCCAAUGGGUUCUCUGGUUUUCAAUGGGUGAAUGCGAACUAUAUGAAUGUUUCUUACAACGAACAAAUUAAUGGUUGGUCAGGCUAUUCCGCUGCUCUAUCGAGUGGUCAAUAUGUCGGGUUGAAUAAGGAUGGCCAAAUGUUGUCGAUGAUUAUAAAUGCAGCUAGAAGUUUUACUCUGAAAUCAAUGAUAGUAGCAUCAGUAUGGAAUGAUAAUCUCACAUUAGAAAUAACGGGUAAACGAGGCGGAAGUGUGUUCAAAUCCAAACAAUUUAUACUGCAAUUGCAACCACAAUGGAUAGAACUCAAUUGGUCAGAUUUGGAAAUUGUCAAUUUCUCGUCUUAUGGAGGAGAAACGAAUUCACAAGUGAAUGGACGAGGAACACAACUUGCUUUUGAUAAUUUGUGUGUGGAAUUUCCCAAAUAA